AUGGCAGCACCUGCAAAUUUAUACCCUGGUCUUAAUGAUAUUAGUGAUGUAUUGGAAGAGGUGCCAUUAGACGUUUCACGGUACAUGACUCUACUCUAUGAAAUUGAUGCUAAAUGCGUUAAUAUAAUUCCUGAACUAAAUAAAUGCAUUAAAGGAUUCCUUGGUGGGAGAAACGUUCCUGAUGAGUCCAAGGUUCCUCUACGUGUGAUAAACCAAUGGUUUCAAGAGCUGAUCCCGUCAUUGGAAGAGAAGAUGCAUGUUUCAUCUAUAGCCUACGAUUCUUUAGAAAGGUUAACGGACAGGUUGGAAUUAGCCUACGAGGUUGCUAUUUCCAAUCAAGAGAUUCCAGAGAAGUUAAGACUAGGUAACGAUAACCAUCCAGCGAUGCAUUUGCAUCGUGAGCUUAUGGCUAAGGUCGAAUCAAAUGUAAUGACGAAGUCUCAACAAGCACUGAAAAGUGAAUCCCGUAGAGAAGCCAUGGCUGCAAAGAAGACAACUGGGGGAACUGCUGUUCAAGGUGGGAACGCUGCUGGAACGGCAAAUUCAGGUUCUGUCGGAUCCACAGCUGGUUCUACUUCAACUUCUGGAACCGGUGCCUCCACAGCAGUCGCAGGAUCAGAACCAGUAGUUGCGGCGGUAGGAUCACAUGGAAAUGCUCCAAACCAAGGAGCAAACACUCAAACAAAUGGUCACAACCGCUCUUCCACUAUGGCAGGUCAUAAGAACGGAAAUGCGCAUAACCACAACCAUAAUGACAAUAGCCAUUCUCAUGCAGAUGAUAUACAACCAGCGAACACUAAGAAAAGGAGAAAUAACAACGGGACAACUACUGUCUCAACAUCUAGUUCAAACAAUAACAACUCUUCUGCAAAUAGUACUGCCGCACAAAGAAGGAACAAAAAAAGAGUAAACACCACGGCUGCUAACAAUGGCGUUACCGGGAGUAACACGACAGCUGUAAAUGCAGUCAACGCAUCAAAUAAGUAUCAAAACAGACCAAAGAUCAACGAAUAUGGAGAAGCACUGUAUUGUUACUGUAAUCAGGUCGCAUACGGAGAAAUGGUUGGAUGUGAUGGCGAAAACUGUCAAUUAGAAUGGUUCCAUCUUCCCUGCAUUGGCUUGGAAACGCUACCUAAAGGGAAAUGGUACUGCGAUGACUGUUUGAAAAAGAAUUAG